GUAAUAAUAAUGAUAAAAGAAAAUUGAAAAAUGGUUUUGAAUAAAAGAAUUGAAAAUGGGGAAGAGAAGAGAUAUUUCGCAGAAGGUUCGCAGGUGUGACUUGCCAUCGCAUAGUUGCCGGCCAUCGAACGCCAAUAGGAAUAGUAAAAGCAAAGGAAAUGUCCGUCGUUAAUUUUCUUUUCUUUUCUCUUCUCUUCUUCUUCUGGGUCGUGCUUUUUGUCUUACCCUAAAUUGCAGCUACAUAGAAAAGCAAGAGUUGGUGCUUUGGCUGUGAGCAUAGCAGAGAAGAAGUUGAUCCAUCUUCGGUGGCUGCUGGAUCUGUGCAUUGGUUGUGGAUCUGCAUCCAUAAAUCAAUCUAUAGAGGUACAGUUGCAGCAGUGCCGAUGGGUUCUGUAGAGGACAAGAUAGACGUUGAUUACGAUGAUGACACUCCCUUCUCCUCUUCGCCCUCCGCCUCUAAAGUUCACACUUUCAAUUUCGAGACAAGCGUUGAUUUACGCAAAUCCUCCCUCUUUAACAUUCUACGGAUAACACGUUUCAGCAGGAGUAUUUAUGUGGUCUUAAUCAAAGCAAAGAUCAACAUGCUCCUUCCCUUUGGUCCAUUGGCCAUUUUACUACAUUACCUAACCGGACAUCAUGCAUGGGUGUUCUUCUUCACCUUAUUGGGUAUUACUCCUUUGGCGGAACGACUGGGUUAUGCUACCGAGCAGCUUGCCCUCUACACUGGACCAACAGUUGGGGGUCUGCUUAAUGCCACGUUUGGCAAUGCAACUGAAAUGAUUAUAUCAAUUUAUGCAUUGAAAAGCGAUAUGAUUAGGGUUGUUCAGCAAUCUUUGCUUGGUUCAAUCUUGUCAAAUAUGCUUCUGGUUCUUGGGUGUGCUUUCUUCACUGGUGGCCUUGUCCACUACCAGAAAAAAGUACAGUUUUUUGAUAAGGCAGCUGCUAUUGUCAAUUCUGGGUUGCUGUUGAUGGCAGUAAUGGGAAUACUAUUUCCUGCUGUGCUUCACUUUACUCACUCAGAGGUUCAUCUUGGGAAGUCAGUGUUAUCUCUAUCAAGAUUUAGCAGCUGCAUAAUGCUAGUGGCAUAUGCAAGCUACCUUUUCUUUCAACUUAGAAGCCAGCAAAAUGUUUAUAGUCCAGUUGAUGAGGAAGGAGAUAAUGAAGAAAGUUCUGAUGAGGAGGAAGAAAUUGAAUUAACUCAAUGGGAAGCAAUAGUCUGGCUUGCUAUUUUGACGGCAUGGGUAUCUAUAUUGUCUGGCUACCUUGUAGAUGCCAUAGAGGGAGCAUCUGAGUCAAUGAAUAUGUCAGUGGCCUUUAUUAGUGUCAUUUUGCUUCCAAUUGUAGGCAAUGCUGCAGAACAUGCUAGUGCUAUCAUGUUUGCCGUGAAGGACAAGCUUGAUAUCACAAUUGGAGUUGCUGUUGGAUCAUCUACACAGAUAUCUAUGUUCGUGAUCCCCUUCUGUGUGGUUGUUGGAUGGUGCAUGGGGAAAGAAAUGGACCUGAAUUUUCAACUCUUUGAGACUGCCACACUUUUUAUCACUGUGUUGGUAGUUGCAUUUAUGAUGCAGGAAGGAACCUCAAAUUACUUUAAAGGCUUGAUGCUUAUUCUAUGCUAUCUUAUAGUUGCUGCCAGUUUUUUUGUGCAUGUAGACCCUAAAAGUGGUGAUGACUAAUUAUACAGUGUAGGUGUGGCAGCUGUCCGCGUUGCAUUUCCUUACCACUUUAUGUAUCAGAAAGGUAGUAAGCAGGGUGUUUGAAAGGGUUCAAGAAAAUUCUUCAACCUGCAUUCAACAUGACGUGGGAACCCCCCGAAGUGAUCACGAGCAAACUUUACUGAAAAUUUUCAGCCUUGUAUUAUAUUGAAUUUUGAGAGAAUGUGUUGUCUGUAUCAUUUUUAUCCUAGUUUUCAUUCAUUCACAAUAAAAUCUUGUAGCCUUUUGGCUCUCAUAUCGUCAAUGAAUCACGCUGAAAGUAACCAAUCAC